AUAGACAGCCCAAGCAGAAUAUUCAUCAUUCAGUGGACAAAGAAGACAAACCUUCAAAAUAAUCAAAAUUUCAACGGUGUUAUAAGCCAGAUGAGGAAAUCAGCACCCAAAGUGAGAGUGAUGGAAUCAUUAAAUUAAGACUGAAAUCUAGUUGUGAAAAAGAUAAACAAUGAGCACUCCAGAGAAGCAGUCAAGUGUGGAAAUCACGUUGGAGGAUGAACACCACAAGAGGGCGCCAAUCUCUCUAUCUAGUACAAAGGAUGAGAAACCUAAAGCGUUUCUGACCCAAUCACGGACUGGGUCUGGAUCUAAGUAUAGUCAAUCUGAAACCUACAGUAUCGGAUUGUCAACGACCUUAGAUGGCAAGGUACAGAACAGAGGCAGACUGGCACCGAAUAAACCUGGCUAUGACAGAUCUGGCGCAGGAAGUCGUUCGGACAGUGCUGAAGGGGAUUCUGGGAUUGAUGAGGAGAGUCCCAGAUUCAAUCAACAAGAAGCAUUAGAUAAGGUCUACCCUCUCCCAGAUGGCUGGCCACGCCUCCAGGAUAAACUCUUUACGCGGAGGGCACUUUUCUUCCGCAAGCCGAUGUCGCCGAGCAUUGCCAAAGCUGCUGAGCAGCUGCGGCUCCUGCAGGAUCGCAUCGAGGCCUGGAGCCGGGAGGUGGAGCUGGAUAUACUUAGCAGGAGAUCAUCUCUGGUCUCUGCUGUAAGUGUAAAGCCUCCAGUAGGACAACCAUCUUCAAGGGGUGCAGGAGAUGUAAGCACAAGACAGACACCGGCAGAGGGCAAAGUCCGCAAGCAGCUUCGGUUCGCAACUAACACUGAUCGUACAGGGAGCAGUAUGUCAUCCAUGACGUCUAGUCAGUAUACUACCCCAGCCCCUCCUCACGGUACACCGGGCGGUGCAUCUUCAGCUGAUCUCACUGUGCAAGGCAUAGGAACCAUAAUAUCUGAUUUGGAGAGCUUAGCGGACAUUCCUGAGGAGUCUGUCCCUCACCUCGGGGCGGAGGAGGUCAUCGAUGAGGUCGUGACCUUGUUAGGUCGGCUGGAGACGGACCGAGGAGAUACAGAUGAUUUGUUUAAGAAGGAACAGGUUCGUGUGGGAUGGCUUCAAGGAAAGAUUGAUCGGAUCUCACGGAAAAGAAUGUAUGAGCUGCCAAGGGUUAUUCAACAAGAGCAUGAGGCUUGUGCUACAGAUAUAGCCGAGCUGAAGUGGCAUAAUGCCUAUAGAGGGCGCCAAAAGGACCGCAUCCAGAAUCAAGUAGAGAAUGCAGAGAUGUUAAAUUCAAGAUUGAAGGAGGAUAUCGCUUUUGUGGAAAAGCAUUGCCCUCUGGUAGAGGAGAAGUUAGAGCUAGAGAGAGGAGCUAUGAAGAGGAUAGAUGAAGCACAAGAACAAACUGAAGCAGAACUGAACAAGACCAAUGAGAAGCUGAAGCGGACAGAGAACAAGUCUGCUGAAGCUAUAGGGAAAGCAGAUAAAGAAAGGGAACAUAUCAAGAAAGAAUUAGAAUCAGUCAGGGAGACUUUAGAAGAAAUUAACCAUGAUUUAGAAGCUGCCAAGGUUUUAUUCCAAUCCUACACCAGUCAAUGUUCUGAUCUAAGAGACAAGAUUAAAACCUCAGAGCAUGAGAAGGUCUUACUUCAUACAAGAGAAGAGAACUCGAGGAAAGCUGAAAAGCUUCAGGCCGUGAAGAUCAAACAAGUCCAGGAUCGCAUCAUUGAGGCCGAGUUUGAGCAUCGUAAGCUAGCCGAUAAUAGCGUCUCACUCAGUACUACAAUUGAAACACUGAGGAAAGAUCACAAGGAGUUGGUGGCACGUCAAGAAGAGUUAGCUAAAGACCUUUUAGCGACGUUGAGAUCAAAGGAAGAAGGAUGUAGGGAGAUGACUAUGACUCUUGAUGAUAUGGAUUCUAAGAUCAGGAAAUGUAAGAAACAGAAGACAUCAGAUGCUAAGAACACAGAGCGUAUCAAGCGUGAGAUGGGGAAGGUUGAGACCCAGCUAGCGGUGGUGGAUGAAGAAUACCAGAAGAUAAAGGUCAUCAAUGUAGCUGUUAGGAAUAAACUCACAGGAGAGGAAGAUAAGGCGAGAGCUAUGGAAGACUCAUUACAGAGUACAGUGGACAGUCUGAAGAAACAACUGAGAGAAGAGACUCACAACAGGACAGUCCUUCAAGCUCGUAUUACAGCGGAUACUACGGAUCUAGCUAAGAGACAGGUUGAGGCUAAGAAGAAGAAAGCUAAGGUGACCCAGAAGGCUAAUGAGAUAGAUGAAAUCGUUGCCAGGGUUCUUGCCGAAACUAAGAUCUUGAGAGAAAAGAGAGCCAGCAGACAAAAGGCAAUCAACAAGAUUCAGGAUAGAAUGGAAAGCAUGAAACGAGAGGAAGAAGAACUCAAAACUCAAACCAUCGACAAAAAAGCCGAAUUAGAACCUAAAUUGAAGAACCUCUUGUCAAAUGAUGAGAAGGAGGAAAUAUUAAAUCGUCAACGUCGCCUGGAUCAUAUGGCUUACAGGACGGACCUGAUCAACAAGAAGUUAGGUGAAAUGGCUCAGAGUGAGGGCUUUAUGGAUAGAGUCAUCAAAAACACAAGUGAAGAGAUUGAAGAAAUGAGUGCGGAUGUAGAAGAGAUGACCAUUCAGCUGGAGACCGGUCAGAAGCAGCAGAAAGAGCUUCAGACGUCGUUAGAUCAGGUGACCGGUAGAAUGGGAGAUAGAGACACCACUCAUCUUGAACAUAUGGCGGCUAGGAGAGUUAUACUAGAAGAUCUAGUGGCUCAACUAAGGGCAGGUCUUGACACUAAUGGAACCUUGGCCCAUGAAUACCGGGAACUCCAACAACACUACUACAAGAUCAAAGAAGAGAGUAUGAACCUAUUAGAGAAGAGAACUGGUCUGGAGAUGAGCCUCAAGGAUCACAGACAGCUGAACAGUCUUCAAAUCCGACUCCACCACGCCCUCUCCCAUUAUUUCUUCAUCCGAGGGUUGUACAAUCACAACGAGCUUGCAAGGUUUGAAGAGAUGUCUGCUGAGAAUGAGAUGAAGAUUGGAGAGCUUCAAGAAGAUAUGAUAGCAGCUAUACAAACCAUCAGUGGCUUCUUGAAUGAACAGGUUGAUGGUACAGCAGCUAGACUAGUAACAGCUGCAGCCAGCACAGUUCUUAUGGACGGCACUGAGAAGGGUCUCGGCGUGACUCCAGAGGGUGCCCUAACAGGAACUAUGACGAGAGCUGGUAGCAUGGGAGAUAAUCUUAAGAUGCCGCUGCCUAAGAUUAUAAAGACUCCUGAGGCAAUUAAGACUAACUGAUCAUCCAGGGGGUGAAUUCAUAAAUCUGUUUUUGAACAACUUUAGGUGUGAUUGGAAUAGGAAGCGCCAAGCCAUUAGUCAAACAUUUCUUUCUUUUUUUCUUUAAUUUUGACUAUUGGUGACAGAUAUUUGAUUCUUAUAAUUUUCAUUAAAAUUUGAAAAAUCAUUCUUUGCCUCAGCGAUAUGUGUUGACAGUGUUUUACAUCAGCAAUUUUCAACUUUGCGGCAAUUGCGUAAAAUCAUCAGUCUUUUUGUAUGUCUUGUAUAUCCCACCACUAUUUUGACCUGUUCACACUUGGAUCUACCCAAGCCAUGUCAAGUUACGAGCAUAACAACCUUUCAUACAAAUUAGAAAAGUGUGAAAAAAUCAAUUUUGAAUAUCACUCAUGUGCGGGGCUGGAGAAACAUAUUUUAUUGAAUUUUCCUGUUAUUGGCUAACAUGAAUAAAAAUAAAAGAAAGACAUAGGGGCUUCAUUACAUACUAUAGCGUGCAUAACUUCAAGAUAAUUUAUGAGCCUGUUCCUUUGAAAUCCUUUGAUAUGAUGUUGCUCUUUUGAUAGUAAGAAAGGGGAUGUUGGUGAUAUGCUGCAGGGACAGUCUUUUUUUUUCUGAAAAAUGUAGCAAUUCCUACUUUUCACUCUAUUUUAAGUUUCAGUAAACAGCUUUCUUUGUAAAUAAAGUAUUCUUACUUUUCAUCAAUUUAUCCCUGCUUCUGACCUUUCCUUCCUUCCUGGUUUUCUCCCUCCAUUUAACACAUUGAUUAUCAUAGUAGAAACAAGGUAUGUAGAUAGUUGUGGCUACAUGUAGGUUCUUAACCUGGAGCAACAAUUUUCAAUCGACACAUGAAUUUUAUAGAUGAAAAAUAAGGCUCGAAAAUAUGACCCAAAUUGAGAAAGAAUUGUCAAAGAUUUUGAAAAAAAGAAUAGAGAUUGCUUCGCCCCAAUACACAAAGCUUUGCAAUUGAUCAUAGGAUAUUCCUUUGAUUGACUACAUUGACCACAAUGCAGAAUUAAUCACUAAAUCAAUUAUAUGAUCAAUCGUUAAAUUGUGUCAUGGAGUCAGAUGAAUAGAUCUCAUGCAAGAAGCUUAAUGUCAGAAAUAUUUAUCUCAUUAACCUUGUACAUACAUUAUUAGAACUGUGACUAUUGUCUUUUUUCAUGAUAAUUAUAUUUUACCAGGUCUUUCAUAAAAUAAGUGGUAUUAUAGGAUACAUAUGUUCUCAAAUCUAUUUGUCAGUGGAAAUAAUAUGAAGCGCUUAAAAACAUUUGUAUUAAACACUGUAUAAAAGUUUGGUAAUAUUUAUUGUUAAUUAUCAUUUGUAAACUUGUGAUCAGUUGCAGUUUGUGAUAUAUAUAAAUGUCAUAUAUGUCAAGAGGAUAAUUAAUUAGAGAGAAUGGAUUGAAUUCUCUUUUCGAUUAGUAAAAAAAAACCUCUUACAUUAGAUAGAAUAUUGAAAUUUUCAAUGCAGCUGUCUGGUUGAUCAAUAUGAUGUCGUGCCUCUUAAAUUCGACUUUUGAACAAAACUUUGCCUCGUAUCCCUUUAUUGACUUGUAUUCACUAUAAACUAUAAUAAAGCAAGGUAGAAAAUGUCACUAUUCAAUAAAUUGGCCAAUAUAGAUUGUGAGAUUUUGGUCAAGUUUGAAGAAAAAAUUUCCUAAGCUUUAAAAUGAUAUGUAGUUUGUCAAAAUUGAUUAACAAAAACCAAGAGUAUUUUUAUACAAGGUAGAAUUUUGGCGAGAUCUUCAAAUAAGAAAAAUAGAUCAGAAGUUUGAGAAUUACACAAGCAUGUGCUAGUAAGGUUAAAGUCUCUAGCAGUCUGGAAAAAAAAAAAUCUUAAAGGAACUCUUUUAUAUCGUUUUGGUUUCAAUUUAAUUUCAAGUAUAUGAAUUAUUACUGUACAAUGUGUAUUGGAGUUCUCUAUGGUGAAAUUUCAGAUCUUUGUGAAAGUAUGUCUAUCUAUGCAUACUCAAUUUAGUAGGUAUAUAUCUAUUCUUGCCAAUGUACAGUGAAAAUGUGUAAAUACAUGUACUCGUGUAGUGUUUCUUGAUUAUAGAAAACUGAAUUAUGCAAAUAUUUAUUGCUGACAAGAUGAUUUCUUCUUGUGAGAACAAUCUCUUCAGAGAGCAUAAAAUUUAUCCAUUUUGUAAUCACAAGGAGCUUACAUGUAUGAGAUACAUUGUAUAAUGUCUUUUGAUAUAUUUUCUUAGAUGAGAACAUGGAGCUAUAAAACACAGCCCCAUGGUGAGAAAAUGGAAUUCUAUAUACAGUCUGUCCCAGAAAAAAAGAAACAUGUAAUUCAGUGUAAUUUUUUGCUAUCCUGAUCAUAAAUUUUCCUCAUGAAAAAAACAUGCAUGGAAAAAUAUGCUUCUCUUUUGUUUUGAAAGGAAUCUCAACGUUCAUAAUGCAUGCAUGACUGAGUUUUUUAUGGGACACAGUGUAGUUUGAAAACUAACGUUGAUAGUUAAAAAUUAUGUAUGUUCUGAAUCCUGUAGCAUGAUAAAUAUAAUCAAUCAUAUAAUUGAUUGUAACUAUAAACCUAUGGUAAUCCAUGUAUAAAUAGUUACAAUCAGUUAUAGCUAUUGGUUGUACCAUACCAUGUAACAGGGUCCAGUAGAUGAAAUUGAUUGUAAACUAUUUAGUCACCUGUAUACGCUUUGUUGCGACUUGUACCAUUUAAUCCUUUAUUGAUAUAUAUUUAAAGGAGAAAAUGUCUAAAUUUGUGAACUUGAACUAAUACUGGUUGCAUUCCAAGUUAACUUUUUGUCAUUAUUAAGUACAAUAUUUCUUGUCAUCUUAUGCAGUCUGAAGGAAAUGUUAACUCUUCCAGGGCUCUGUAACACAAAGUUUAGUAAUCAAUCACUAAAUGCCAAUGACCAAUCAAGAUCGAUGUUGCAUGUGUAUUUUGUACCAAAUGCUUGACAGGAACCAAUCACAAUGGUUCUUUCAUAUUAGUAAUCUAUUGCAUACCUCUGUAUUACGGGGGCCAGGACCCCAUUCAUAUAAACCUUAGUGAUAGAUUGCGGGGCUGCUUCUUUACGAUUGAUCAUACACAAUAAUCAAUGCAAUUAAUUGAAAAAAUCAGCCCCACAAUCGUUUGCAAUCAUUUGUGUUUCAGGGCCCGCUUCUCAAUCCGAUCUAUGCAUCCUGUGUAUGUGAGAUUUCAAUAUGCAAUAAAUAAUUAUCUUAGAAGUGA